GGGCCCGGCGGGCCGGUUGCUCGUCCGCUUCCCUGCCGGCCCGCCCGCUCGGCUCUGCCGGUCAGCGCCGUCCCCGGGCGGGGCGGGGCGGGGCAGGGGGGCGGGCUUACCGCUCCGGUAUGUCGCAGACUGCCAUGUCCGAGACCUACGAUUUCCUGUUUAAGUUCUUGGUCAUAGGAAAUGCUGGCACUGGAAAAUCCUGUUUACUGCACCAAUUUAUUGAAAAGAAAUUCAAAGAUGACUCAAAUCAUACUAUAGGAGUGGAAUUUGGUUCAAAGAUCAUAAAUGUUGGUGGCAAGUAUGUAAAAUUGCAGAUAUGGGAUACAGCCGGACAAGAGAGAUUCAGGUCUGUAACAAGGAGUUACUAUAGAGGAGCUGCAGGUGCUUUGCUUGUCUACGAUAUAACCAGCCGGGAAACCUACAAUGCGCUUACAAAUUGGUUGACGGAUGCAAGAAUGUUAGCAAGUCAAAAUAUUGUGAUAAUACUGUGUGGAAACAAAAAGGAUCUUGAUGCAGAUCGUGAAGUUACCUUUUUAGAAGCAUCCCGGUUUGCACAAGAAAAUGAGCUGAUGUUCUUGGAAACAAGUGCAUUAACAGGGGAAAAUGUUGAAGAGGCCUUUGUACAGUGUGCAAGAAAAAUACUCAAUAAAAUUGAAUCAGGAGAACUGGAUCCAGAAAGAAUGGGCUCAGGUAUUCAGUAUGGAGAUGCUGCCUUGAGACAGCUGAGGUCACCACGUAGAGCACAAGCACAAAGUGCUCAAGAAUGUGGGUGUUAAAGAAACAAAACACAAAAGCCCAAAUACUUCCUUUAGAUAUGGAAGCUGUCCUUGCAAAUGGUGUUUGAAGAAACAGAAAAGCUUGAAGGCUAUGCAGUUCUUAAAAACACUUUUCCGCUAUCUACAAACAGAACAGACCACUGCUGACAGAAAGGUGUUCCAUGUGGUGUGGGGCAGGAAUGUUCACGUGACACAAAAGUCUGCAAAGUGAACUUGAUAAUUUGGUGGACAAUAUUAAGACAUACCUGUAUGUAAACAUUUUCCAUUACCUAUUUUUGUUCUUUCACCUCUAGUUUAAAGCAUUGCUAUAUACUGUAAAUAAUGUAACAGUAAAUUUACAAAGCAUGGUAUACUUACGUAUGCUGAUAGUGUUGCACUACAAGCAGUUUAAUAUUUUAUUUUUUUAUCAUAUAAACAAAUUUAACUGAGGUAGGCUUUGUCAUGUUUGUUUGCCGCACAAUAGUUUAUAUUUAUGACCUGAAUUAUAAAACCACUGGCACUGUUGGUGAGGGGUGGUGGUUAUAUUUUUUUUCUUAUUUAGCUUGCCACAUUAUAACAAGAUGUUGACAUGACUGAUUUUCAACAUGUGGUUAGGACCCACAGUUACAUUUACUAAUAUGACAACUUGGAAAAGUAAUUUUUGUUGACAUUCACAUAUCCUGUUUUAUCACAGUUCUUAAAUAAUUUCUGAAGCUCUUUUAUCAAAGUUCAAAAGUUUUGAAAAAAUACGUUUGAAGUCUCUCAAAUGGCUGUUGACUGACUUGGAUUUUUUUUCUCGGUCCUGAUGUUUUGUAUAGCACUGGCAUCAUGAAGGUGGAAUGUGUAUGUGAACAGAAAAUGUGCAUCAUCUGUGUGUGUUGUAAUUCUAGGGCAGGGCCAUGGGCUUGUGGAGAGUUACCACAGCAGGAGUUCUAAUCUUUCAUCACGGAACGAUCAGCUGUGAAUAUAUAUGAUCUCUGUUGAAGCACACCUGGUGAAGUAGUGCUGCACCCCGGUGGGUGGUUCUAAAAUAGCCUGAGUGUAUGAAAUCUAAAAUACUAAUUUCUUAAAAAUUCAUUAAGUUCAAAAACUUUAAUUUCAGAAUUAGGCUUUAAAAUUAGGAAUUUACAGUCUGUCUUGCUGGAGCUUUGCCUUUGAACUUCAUGUGAGUCCAUUAUACAUAUUGCCCCCAGGAGACUUGUGGAAAGGGAAAGGGAAAACCCAGGCAUACUACUUAAGGAGUUCUUUCUUCCUGUGAAACUCAACGGGAAUUUCAGCCUUGGUACUGAUUCCUGCCCCCCGCCCCUCCCCAUGCUAAAACACAAUUCAGACUUUCUUUCCUGCCCUCUCUUUAUUGUGGGGAACAGGCAUGGGGCAAGAGACUAGGAAUCUUGUCUUCAUUCCUCAGCUGGAGACAGAAGAGACUUGCAACGUGUCUAAAUAUUGUGUAUUGUUUUCACAGUGCUGUGACAACUGAUCAGGUAAGAAACCCGGGGCUAUUGCUUUGCCAGACAAGCAGCUGCAGAACUAAGCUCGUGUUUCUGGAGGUAGCUGAAUUCUCCCAGUUCAGAGGGACAAUUUCACUUGUACUGAUGAGAAUCACUAGUGACAUCUUUACUUAGUUAUACACGUAAUUGAAUGUCUCCUUGGAAAACACAAAAUAAUUCAUUUGGUCAGAACUCAGUACUAAAAUUACAAGGUCAAACAUGCUUUAUUAUUUUCUAUAUAUGAGUAUUUUCUAUUUAAGGGUUACUUGUCAAGUGCAUGUUUAAAAACUAAACCAGAAAACUGAACUUAACAGUGUAAUUCAGAGGGCAGUUAAAGCACGAGAGCAAAACAAGAAUGCUACCCAGAGGUAUGCCAUCAUUUAUGCAAUUAGAGUUGUGUUUAAAACUAUUCCCUUUCUCCUGGUAUUUUUGGUUCAAAUGAAUGCUUAUAUGAAAACUAUAUACCUUAGGUCAUCUCUGAAUUAAAAGGAGAUGAGUUUGGUCUGUACUUGAAAAGCCUAUGGACCCAACAGCCUAAGUUGUUUGUAUCUCUCCAAGGUUAUAUUUAAGAUUUGAUUUGCUGCCUAACUAACAGCAGUUAUUUCCAAGGAGUAUCUUCUGCCUGGUGAGAGUGUAAAGUAUUUUUGAAGCAGCUUAACUGCAUUUACAAGAGCAUCAAAGAACUACAAAGAAACUUAGCUGUCUUAAUCCUCACUGAGUUUAUUUUGGCUUCCAGUACACAGAACUGGAAGUAACUACCAAAAGCAAGUCUCUUGAAGGAGAUGGUGUUGGUUCCAAAUCCCCAAACCAGUUCUGGAAAAAGACAAAGUACUGGGGAGUCUGUUCCCCUCUUUACCACUAUCUAAUCAGGUUUCUUGGUACACUGACAAAGGUGAAAGCAGAGUACUUGCUUAUCAGCUGGGACAUGGCACCGGUAAAGCUAAAGGUCUCCUGUCACUCUUACAGUGGUUGAAGGGGUAGUCUUGGCUGUGGAUCAAAGUUCCUUUCCAUCAUUACAGUAGCAGUUGAAAGGAGCAGGGGAGUGCUGUUGAUUAACUCUACUGCUUUUCAGUAGAAAUUUUAGGGAGUUGGCACGGAUUUUCUUAGACUACUUCCUGUCCUUUUCCCUUUGCAUACAGGACUGGGCUCUUUUGUAUACUUAGUUCUUACGAUCAUUUUGGUCAAGUGUCUGUAGUUAAUAAGCAGUAAGCACAGUUUUAACCUUUCUGUAACCAACAGUCUCAAGCUGUCCCCUUCCUACCUGGAAGGAAAGAAUGGUGUCAUUAUAAUGAGGUUUGCCACAGUUUUAUUAUUCUUUUAAUGUAUAUUCUUUCUGUACACACAUUAACCAGGUUAAUGUGCAUGUUUUGUAGUAUUGCAACCUUUUAUGCUGCAUAUCUUGCUAACAUUUUAAAAAAAACCUUUCUAAACUGGCAACUCUGGAGGGAAAUACUGUUGGAAGCAAUAGCUCUUACCCAUACAAGCUAUAGUUUACUAUUUCUUCUCUGAGGGUUUUUAUUUCUAGGAAUAAACCUCAUGCCAAUAAUAGCCCUGGAACAGAUUUUAGCCUUUAGCAUUACAGUUGACACAGCAAACCAAACCUAGCUCACCUCAUCGGUAAGUUAUAGGUAGGUUACAUUAUGUAUUAUUUUAGUGUAAAAUUCUUACUUUACCAAAGCAAGAUGGCUUGGGAGUUUUACAUGAACCAGUACUGGGUACCUAUAUCCUAGGAUUUAUUGGAUGUGGAGCUUUAGCUGUUCAGACCGUUGAAAGAUUUAAAUGUCUUAUUAAAGCCUGUCUUGCCUUUUAAUGAGUCUGUUGGCCUACACUAUUUAAUGCUUGUAUCCAGCACCAAAUAAAAAAAAAAUCUUUCUUGAUUUUCUA